CAACUGCUGUUUUGCACCUAACUUAAGUGGGUGUCGACUUGGAGGACCAUAGUUUGUUUUGAUUUCAUUAGACCCAUCUCCAAUCGCUUUUAUCAGUAUUACAGUGAUCGUAAAUGGCUGCAAAUGAGAUUAAACAGUCCUUGCGAAAAUUAGAUUUUCCUUAUUGUGCUAGAGAAGCGUUAUGUCGAAUAGAACAGUUAUGUGGAAGACCAGGAAAACAAAUGGAUCUUCAAAUGGAUUUGAUGUCAGAAUUUGUUUUUGGAGAAAUAGAGAAACGCAAAAAGCGUAAUCAGCAAUUUGCAAUACAGGAAUUACAACUGAUUGAAAUUCUCAGUGACUUCUUUGAAAGUCCUGGUGGAAGUCCAGCUGUCAGAAAUGCAGUAUUUUUAUCUCUAUAUCCAGCUGAGACUCCAAGACACAAAAUUCUAGGAAAUUUAGUUUCACUAGCAAUAGCUGCACAAAGUAAAGCUGUAUUAAAUGCAGCUGGUAUUUGGAUGCAGCAACUGGGUUCAACUUCACCUCAGAGUGUUGGAUUAGCAAAACACAUCUUGAAUGAUUAUUUUGUUCUUGUUCCUAAUUCAAUUGACAGAUUAAAGCAGCUUCCAAAUCUUGUACCACAUUUCACUGCUAAUUUAUUAACAGCUAUUGGAGAAGUUUAUAAAGAUAAAAAUCCUCCAACGGAAUUACUGAAACUGAUUGGGGACUGGAUAAAUGAUAAUCCAAGUCUGUUAUUAACAUCUUUAAUGGAUAAUCCAGCCUUACCUACGGGUGGUAUACCCAUGACUCCUAUCACACCGAUAGCAGGGCUUUUUAGAUGGUCAAUCUUAAGUCCACUGAGACCUCCUUCAGAUAAUUUAGAUCAUGAGGAACAGCAAAAAUGUUACUCAAAGAUUCAACAACUUUUAAUGGAUUCAGUUUUAAGAUUAAAAAGUAGUGGAAAUAAUAAACAUGCAAUUUCUGCACAACAUUUUGCAUCAACAGCUCGUGCUUUGACUGCGAUUUUACAUUCAAACCCAAAUUUGGAUACUUCAGCGAAAGAUCUUUCAAUGGAAAGAUUAGCUCAAGCAGUUAGUGCAGCAAUGUCUGCAAAUUGUAUAUAUGGAAAUAAACAGGAACUACUAGCUCUUCUGCAGCCUCUGUCAUACCAACACUUUUUAAUUGAAUGGACUUUACAAACUUAUACGUCCAAAGCUGCUUAAACCCUAAAUUUAUUUACAGUAGCUUCUCUUAUUUGGAAAGCAUAGAAAUCCUUUAAUGCUUUUGGAGGUUUCUUUUCUUCUCUGUCUUUAACUUUUUGAAUUGUAGAUUCUUUUCGUGCUAGUGCAAAUUUACCUCUCUUCUUUCUACCUACAACUGUA